GGUAUUCCAUUCUAUUUCAUUUUCAUCUAUAAACAAUACCAUUCAAUCUCCGAAGACAACCAGCAGCGGCUACUUUUGUCCAUAGGUGUGAGAAUGUGGCGUUGUGUGUCGCGUGGCCUUCGCGCCUCCUCUAACAGAUCUAUCUCCGGCGCCGGCCGCCGACUCUUCUCCUCACAAACUCAGAAUGUGGGAGGCUCGUCCUAUACAAUAGUGGAUCACACAUACGAUGCGGUGGUGGUCGGUGCAGGCGGUGCAGGGCUUCGAGCGGCAAUAGGGUUGUCUGAGCAUGGAUUCAAUACUGCUUGCAUAACCAAGCUCUUUCCUACUCGAUCUCACACUGUUGCAGCUCAGGGCGGUAUAAAUGCUGCAUUAGGCAAUAUGACAGAGGACGAUUGGAGGUGGCACAUGUAUGAUACAGUUAAAGGAAGUGAUUGGUUAGGUGAUCAGGAUGCUAUACAAUACAUGUGUAGAGAAGCACCAAAAGCAGUUAUAGAGCUUGAGAAUUAUGGUUUGCCUUUCUCUCGAACUGAAGAUGGUAAAAUAUAUCAACGUGCAUUUGGCGGUCAAAGUCUAGACUUUGGAAAAGGAGGACAAGCAUAUCGUUGUGCGUGUGCUGCGGAUCGGACUGGGCAUGCUCUACUGCAUACUCUUUAUGGCCAGGCCAUGAAGCAUAAUACCCAGUUUUUUGUGGAAUAUUUUGCUUUGGAUUUACUAAUGAACAGUGAUGGGAGCUGCCAAGGUGUAAUAGCACUAAAUAUGGAGGACGGUACCUUGCAUCGAUUCCGUUCUGCCAAUACAAUUUUGGCCACAGGGGGUUAUGGUCGAGCUUACUUCUCGGCAACAUCUGCUCAUACUUGCACAGGAGAUGGUAAUGCUAUGGUUGCGCGUGCUGGGCUUCCUCUUCAGGAUCUCGAGUUUGUGCAGUUCCAUCCAACUGGUAUAUAUGGAGCUGGUUGCCUCAUUACUGAAGGAUCUCGUGGUGAAGGUGGUAUCCUGAGGAAUAGCGAGGGUGAGCGAUUUAUGGAAAGGUAUGCCCCAACUGCCAAGGAUCUUGCAUCAAGAGAUGUUGUUUCCAGAUCUAUGACAAUGGAAAUUCGAGAAGGGCGUGGUGUAGGACCAUUGAAGGACCACAUCUAUCUUCACCUCAAUCACUUACCUCCAGAGGUCCUUAAGGAGAGACUUCCUGGUAUCUCUGAAACAGCUGCCAUUUUCGCUGGUGUUGAUGUAACGAAGGAGCCAAUUCCUGUUUUACCUACCGUGCAUUAUAAUAUGGGAGGAAUCCCCACGAAUUACCAUGGAGAGGUGGUCACUAUUAAAGGGGAUGAUUCAGAUGCUGUGAUCCCAGGAUUGAUGGCUGCUGGUGAAGCAGCAUGUGCAUCUGUUCAUGGCGCCAAUCGUCUUGGUGCAAAUUCUCUUCUAGAUAUUGUUGUUUUUGGGCGGGCAUGUGCUAAUAGGGUGGCGGAGAUCCAAAAACCAGGUGAGAAACAGAAGCCACUUGAAAAGGAUGCUGGAGAGAGGACCAUUGCAUGGUUGGACAAGAUUAGGAACUCAAAUGGUUCAUUGCCCACCUCAAAGAUAAGGCUGAACAUGCAAAGAGUUAUGCAAAACAAUGCUGCUGUCUUCCGCACACAAGAGACAUUAGAGGAAGGUUGCCAGCUCAUUGACAAAACAUGGGAGAGUUUCCAUGAUGUUCAGUUGAAGGAUAGAAGUUUAAUAUGGAACUCAGAUCUUAUAGAGAGUAUUGAGCUGGAAAACCUUCUAAUCAAUGCAUGCAUUACCAUGCACUCGGCCGAGGCAAGAAAAGAAAGCAGAGGAGCUCAUGCUCGUGAAGAUUUUACGAAAAGAGAUGAUGAGACGUGGAUGAAACAUACUCUAGGAUAUUGGGAGAACGAGAAAGUUCGGCUAGAAUACAGACCAGUGCAUAUGAACACUCUAGAUGAUGAAAUUGAGACGUUCCCACCAAAGGCACGUGUCUACUGAUAUACUCAAUUAUAGGGGGAUUUGGGUGGCUGGAAGUUGGUAAUAAGGAAGGUUGCAAUAAAUCACCGAAAUUGUGAAAUUUUCGUAAUAAUUGUUGAUUUAUUUGUGCGAUGAUUUGUAAGCAGCCUGAAGUGUUCAUUAUAUUAGAAGGAGAACACUGUUUGUCUUGUAAUCAGGAAGCAAGGCUUCUUCUGACUUUUCGAUCUUGUAGAAGAUGGUCUAAUCACUUGUUUGUGCUCUUUA